GUGGUGUUGUUUUAUUAUUAUCGUCACCGUCAGUUUAAAUUAGGAUUUCAAUCUAGUUUAUUGUCAGUAGAAUGUUUUAUCUUAAAAAUUUAUUUAAAAAUUGGAAUACAUGGCCUCAGUGGUUUGCAGCUUUUGACAUAUUUUUGAUUGCCCUUGUGGUUGGUCUCGAAAAUGGCUGGACCUCGCCGUCAUUAGCGAAAUUAACAAGUAAUAAUUCAACAUUACCAAUAAAUGAAUAUCAAGCAUCAUGGAUAGCAUCGUUAUUGAAUACAGGACGCGCAUUUGGUGCAAUAAUAGGAUUCAUAAGUACCGAAUACUUAGGAAGUAAAACAUCACUAAUUUAUAAUGCAUUUGUACAUGGCACCGGCAUGAUGUGUCUACUGUAUGCGUACUCAGUUAAUUGGCUCUAUGCGUCACGUUUUAUAGUUGGUCUUGGUUCAGGAAUGUGGUCAAGUAUAUUUCCAAUUUACGUUGGUGAAAUAUCAAGCCCUAAAAUACGUGGCGCAUUAGUAUGUCUUAUAACGAUUGGUAUGCCAAUAGGUUUUGUGUUGGGCAAUAUUAUUGGUGCUUACACAGACAUGUGGUUAUUUGGUACAAUCAGUUUGAUACCUAUCUUGUCAUUUUUGAUUUUAUUUAUGUGGUUUCCAAAAACCCCGCACUAUCUUGUAUUGAAUGACCAAAUUGACGACGCAUUGAUAUCUAUUGAAUGGUAUCAGCGAGAUGCAAAUGCAAUCAUUGACCUGAUUUCAAUAAAAAAGUUUGUCGAAGAAAAACGUUGGUUAAAAGCAUCUGACUAUAUUAAAGAUUUGAUGCUACCAUUUAAUCGAAUGGCGUUGAUUAAAGUUAAUACUGUGCAUUUCUUGUUACAAACAAGUGGAUUUUGUACUAUAGGUUAUUACAUGGAAAUAAUAUUAACGCAAGCUCAAGUGACAUUGAUGGAUACUGCAUUAAUAGUACCAACUAUCGCUGGAACAGCACUAAUAGGUGGCAUUAUAUCGAUAUAUACCUGUGAUAAAUUAGGUCGAAAAGUUUUACUAAGUUGUAGUAGUAUUGGUAUGGCAUUUGGUAUGCUUGGUAUUGGUAUCUAUUUUCAUUUAUUAGAUUCAAACUUUGCUAUUGCGUCACACGAUUGGAUACCUAUACUGUUCUUUAUAAUUAUCGAAUUUUCCGUUGAUUUGGGAAUUGAUCCAGUAUUGGGUACUAUUAAUAGCGAAAUAUUUUCACCGAAUAUAAAAAUAAUUGCUUGCUGUUUGACUAAUUUUAUGUCAAGUAUAUUUGCAUUCAUCGCGACACAAUUUUAUCAAACGCUUGUCGACACAAUGUCCAUACAGUAUGUUUUCUAUUUUUAUUGUAUGAAUAUGACAUUAUUAGCUCUAUUUGUAUUGUACUUUUUGCCAGAAACAAAAGGUAAAACGUUGCAAGAAAUUCAAGAUAUGAUGAAAAAAAAGUAAUUCAAAAGUUAGUUUUAUUUAAAAAAUGACGACUUUAUUAUGUUUGUACGAAAAUAUUUUUUGUAUUUUAUUAUUAUGAAGAAAAAAAUAUAUUAUGUAUUAUUUACUAAUUUUUUCUUCAUUUUAUUUUCAUUGUAAAUUUGGAUUUUGAAUUUUGAAUUUAUUGAAAAACUUUGAAUUGUCACUUUACUAAACUAAGGUAUUGACAUGGGUGAGAACAGUGGAAUCUGGAUGAAAUAAAAGAAUGUGUUACUUUAUUCUUUUUAUUUUUCUUUUUUCUUAACACAUAUAAGUUGACACUGUCGUAAGGUAGUUUAGAGUCAAAAGUUGAAGUUUGGAGCUCGAGGACUCGCUUCUUCUUCUCUUAACGCUUACUCUAUUUCUUCUACUUAUAACUUCUUCGAUGGAUUUAUAAAAGUGGGUGGGGUGGGUUACUGAACCGCGCCUUUGGAUUUCUAUUUUCAAUUCCAGCUUUUUUGGCAUCUAUAUACUUAUAUACAUAUAUAUAGACGCAUAUAGAGUACAGUAUGCAUUAUUCCAGUGCUAAAUCGUUUGUGAAUAAUGGCUGUUAGGAAUCUUCGGAGCAUCGAUGGAACUAAGUAUGUAGUAUUCUCAUUAGCUUGGAUCAAACUUAAUCCACUUGAUAAUACUCUCCAAAAGUCAUUAGUAAACUGAACAAAUUCAAUAUUUUCAUGAGUACUUCCUACAAUCAACCUUU